AUGGUGGCCGAAACAAAGCUCUACGAUGCUUUGAGUAUCAAACCCGACGCCUCCCAAGAGGAGGUCAAGAAGGCCUAUCGCAAGGCCGCCUUGAAACACCAUCCAGACAAGAACAAAGAUGACCCUAAGUCAGCCGAGAAAUUCAAAGAGGUCUCCCAAGCCUACGAAGUCCUCUCCGACCCUGAGAAACGCAAAGUCUAUGACCAAUUCGGCCUCGAAUAUCUGCUUCGCGGCGGUCCCGCACCGACGCCCGGCGGUGGUGGAGGAGGAGGUGGUGGUGCCGGUGCCGGGGGCAUGCCCGGAGGAUUCAACUUUGCCGGCAUGCCCAGCGGCGGUGGCACACGCACAUUCCAUUUUAAGACUGGUUCCGGUGGUGGUACUCAUGGCUUCAGCUUCAGCCCUGCCGACGACAUCUUCCGAGAAUUCACCAAGUCCAGUGGGGGAGGCGGUGGUGGAAUGGGUGGGCUUGACGACGACAUCUUCUCCAUGCUCGGUGGCAUGGGAGGUGGCGGCGGCGGUGCUAGUUUCCGCAGUCGUCCAGGCGCAGGGGCAAGCUUCCCAUCGUCCAAGGCGCACCGUGCCCCAACUCCAGAGCCAACUAUCAUCGAGAAGGAUCUGCCGCUCACGCUAGAUGAGAUCUUCAAAGGAACGACCAAGACUGUGAUUGCUAAGAGCAAGUCGUUCGAUGCCAGUGGGAAGCGCACUGUAAAAGAUGUGCCCCUCGAAGCUUCGAUUAAACCUGGCAUGCGUGCCGGUACUAAGAUCAAGUACCGGAAUAUUGGAGACGGAGAAGAAGGUGGCCGACAGGAUAUGCACCUGAUUGUGAAAUAUGUUGACCACCCAGACUUCAAAGUCGAGCGCGACAACCUCGUUACCACCGUCGAGCUCAGUCUCAAGGAGGCUCUGACCGGCUGGGAACGCAUCGUCCGUACCAUCGACGGCAAAUCCAUCCGCGUUUCCAAACCCGGUCCCACACAGCCCGGCCACGAGGAACACUACCCAGGCUGGGGCAUGCCGAACUACAGGAAACCCAGUGAACGGGGUGACCUCGUCGUCCGUGUCAAGGUCACAUUCCCCAAGACCCUGAGCGCCGAGACAAAAACGAUCCUGAAGGAUAUUCUGCCUUAA